GCGCGGCUACGUUGCUGGGUGCUAUAGUAGUUAAGGCCUGCUCUGCGGCCUGGCUUCAUUGUGCGGGUUUUUCGCGGCGUUUUCGUUGUAGGUCAGCGCGUGGAGCUUGCAGUCGCGGGACCCGAGCCUUCCGGAGUCGUUUGUGUAUAGCCUCUUGUGCCAUGGCCGUCCAGGAGACCAGACCCAACAACACUAUCUACAUCAACAACCUCAACGAGAAGAUAAAGAAGGAUGAGCUGAAGAAGUCUCUGUAUGCCAUCUUCUCCCAGUUUGGUCAGAUCCUUGACAUCUUGGUGUCUCGCAGUCUGAAGAUGAGAGGACAGGCGUUUGUCAUCUUUAAGGAAGUUAACAGUGCAACAAAUGCCCUGCGGUCAAUGCAAGGAUUCCCCUUUUAUGAUAAGCCAAUGAGAAUCCAGUAUGCAAAGAGUGACUCUGACAUCAUAUCCAAAAUGAAAGGAACCUUCGUGGAUCAAGACCGAAAGAGGCAGGAGAAGAGGAAAGUCAAAGCACAAGAUGCUGCUGCUGCUGCCGCUGCCAAGAAGAUUGUUCCAGGCGCUCCUAUGGUGCCAGGCUUACCAGGGCAAAUUCCUGGAAUGCAGAACAUCCCUGGAAUGAACCAGGCUCCCCGUAUGAUGCAUAUGGCUGGACAGAAUCCAUACAUGCACCAUCCUGGCAUGAUGCCACCACCAGGAAUUGCUCCAGGACAGAUGCCUCCUGGUGGCAUGCCUCAUGGACAGAUGAUGCCUGGACAAAUGGCACCUAUGCAACAGUUAUCUGAAAAUCCACCCAACCAUAUUCUGUUCUUGACCAACCUCCCAGAAGAAACCAAUGAGCUGAUGCUGUCCAUGCUGUUCAACCAAUUCCCUGGCUUCAAAGAAGUCCGUCUAGUCCCUGGACGUCAUGAUAUAGCCUUUGUGGAAUUUGACAAUGAAGUCCAGGCGGCUGCUGCCCGAGAGUCUCUACAAGGAUUCAAGAUCACCCAGAGCAACUCCAUGAAGAUUUCAUUUGCUAAGAAAUAACGGUGCACUGGGUACAGGGGAUUGUCAGGCUUCAGUCUCUCGGCAAAACCACUGGGCUUGUUCUGCAGUUGGUUCUUAGCAGAUACUGAUUGGACUCUUUUUAAUUUAAAUUCUAGCAAUUAUUCAGUGCCGAGCGCUCAUCCAGCGUAUUAUGUUGGUGAGUAUGGCAUGGUUUUCUAUUUUUUUAUGUUCAUGCAUCUGUUGAAAGCAUUGCACCCAGAGUCUGAUUCCAGACAUGGUACCUGGCGCUUGUGAAUAAAUGUGUUUUCCUAUGA